GACCUCAAGUUUGAACAUGCCAACAUGCCUAUACAAUAAAAAAGCUAAAAUAUUUACGGAAGGUCAUUGAGAGAAUAGUGAGUCACCCACGCAACCCCCAAUCUUCAUUUGACUCUUCUUCCCUAAUUUCCCCUACAUAAAACCCGCACCCUUCCCUCUCUCAAUUAACCAAUCCACCCACUCCACAACCAUUUCCACCACCAAUUUUUGCAGAAAUGGCACACAAAAGGAUUGAGAUGGGUCUAGCCCUGGUCCUACUCAGCCUGCUCUGUACAGGAGCCAUGGCUCAGUCUGAUUGCACCAGCGUGCUAAUCAGCUUGGCACCAUGCCUUAGCUACCUAACGGGGAACUCCUCGACCCCAUCAACAGGGUGCUGUACGCAGCUUGCUGGUGUUGUUCAAUCUCAGCCAAAGUGCUUGUGCGAAGCACUCAAUCUCCAAGGAGCAGCUGCAGGGCUCAAUAUCAAUGAAACUCUGGCCCUCGGUCUCCCCAAUGCUUGCAAAGUUCAAACUCCACCUCUCAGCAGCUGUAACGCUGCCUCGCCAGCCAACUCUCCUUCAGGGGCACCAAAUACCCCCGGUAGCAUUCCAUCAGAACCUGGAUUGAACUCAGCACCACCCGCAGAUACUGGCUCAGCAACCAGAACUUCAACCAAGUUGUCAAUGUCCAUGCUCUUCUUCCUGCUGUUCGCUGCAUCAUAUGCUUCAACCUUUGCCACCAGUUCUCUCACCUGUUAAGCGUCUUCAGUUCCCCUCCAGCCAUACAAAUACUAGAUGAUAGUAAUUCAUUCUUUUUCUCCCCCUUAUAUUGUUCAGCUUCACUCAGAUUGAGUGGCACAUGUAAUAAUUUAAUCUUGGUGACCCUUUUAUGGGUUGGUUGAUAUUACCUUUGUAUGCCAGAAGAGACUCCAUGAUCUCUUCUAAUUUCAAUAAAAUAAGAUUCCAGGCU